AUAGCGAACAAUGACAACUACGACGGCAGCCGCUCAGCCAUUUUGAGAAUUUUUCACGGGAACAUUGUAACACUGUCUCCAAUUCGUUUUGAAUGAAAUAAAGUGCAAAUAGUUCGAUUGAAAGUGAAAAGUUUGAAAAAAUAGAAUAAAAACCCGGCAUUAUUGUUAAUAUGGUGAAAUUGUUUCGUGGAAUUAUAUCCAAAGAAUCGAAAGUUUGAUUUUGAGAGCGCUGAUGAUCAACCAUACCAAGAAAGAGAGAAAGAAAGAAAGAGAGAGAGUACGAGUUUAGUUGAACGAAAGUGCGAGCGAAAAUAAAGAAAAAGAACUAUUUGCAUAUUUGAAUUUUGUUUGAUGCAGUGACAUUGUGAAUAUUAACAGGAGAAAACGAAUCUGUUAACCAAACUGUGUGUUACAUAUAUCUCAUUAUAUGGAAUUUCUCUCUGUCGAAUGAUCUGAGAAAUGGUUGAACUGUGAAAAAAAGAGAUAUAUUCUGUGAACGGAAUUUAAAGACACCUUUUAAUUGAACCUGUGUAAAAAAAUAAGAAGUACGAAAGAACCGAGAGUUAAUAGUUUUUUUCGUGAAUCGUUGUGCGAGAGAUAGAAAAAAGAGAGUCCAAAAUGUCGGUCGAAUACGUCCAGGUGGCUGAAGAGGAGGGAGAAGAGACAAUUGAGCUACCAAUCGAAAGUGACGGUACUUUGUUACUAUCAACACUGCAAGCUCAAUUCCCAGGUACAUCUGGUUUAAAGUAUCGAAACGCAGUGAGUAAUGCCAUUCGUGGCAUUCGUUUGACUGAAGGAAGACUUCAUCCCCCACAAGCAGACGAUGGCUGGGGAAAUCAGAUCUAUUUGUGUGUAUUUCCGAAAGACAAUUCUGUGGCUGAGAAUAAACGUAAACGUGAUGAUACGUUGGAAAAUUCCACGGCCAAAACUAAACGAAUAGAAAGUCGUUUAAAAUGCACUGAUUUGAUUGUACUUGGACUGCCAUGGAAAACAACCGAGGAAAGUUUGAAAGAGUACUUCAGCACCAUCGGUGAGGUGUUGAUGGUGCAAAUUAAAAAGGACCUACGGACUGGCCAAUCGAAAGGCUUUGGCUUCAUUAGAUUUGCUUCAUACGAAGGCCAAAUGAAGGCACUAUCAUCCAGACACUUCAUCGAUGGACGUUGGUGUGAUGUUAAAGUCCCCAGCUCAAAGGAGGGUACCAUACAGCACUUGCCAUGUAAAGUUUUUGUCGGCCGAUGUACGGAAGAUAUAACUGCAGAAGAUUUGAAAGACUACUUUUCCAAAUUUGGCGAGGUCACCGACGUGUUCAUCCCAAAACCAUUCAGAGCUUUUAGUUUCGUUACUUUCCUUGAUCCGGAGGUAGCUCAGUCAUUGUGCGGUGAAGAUCAUAUUGUCAAAGGCAAUUCUGUGUUUGUAUCAACGGCUGCUCCAAAGUCACAAGACAGCAAACAUUACCAUCAUAACAGCUCUGGAGGUAACAGUUCACACUAUUCACAUCGCGGUGGUAGUUCGAAUCAUCAAAAUCACGACAUGUAUAACCAGGGAAGCAGUAGUAGUGGCAGUGGUCGAAAUAAUUACAACAAUAAUAUGCCACCAUCCGGUCCAAUGCAUCAUAGCAACAACUGGAAUCAGAGUCGUGGAAAUAUUGACAUGCCAAAUCUGCAAUCCCUUGGAAUAAACCCAAACGGACAAAAUGGACCACCUAAUCAAGGCAUGAACAUGAAUCCGGUAGCUAUAUCACCCGCUAUAGUAGCAGCCCUUAAUCAAUGGGGAUUAGCCACCAUUGGCAACAUGAAUCAAAAUCAAAAUCCAGAUCAGAAAUAUGACAACUAUAAAGGAGGAAAUCAACCAUGGUCACGGAAUAAUGGACCUUCACAAGACAACCACAAACCACAUUUUCUUUAAAUGCAUUUGAAAUCAUCUACUUCAUUAUUCAUUUUUAAUUUAGUUCUUAUGCAAACAUACUGUUUGUUUCACCUGAAACAUCAAUUAUGUUAUUAUUGAAUUAAAUGAUACAUACUUUCAUCGGAUCUAUGCGAAAAAACACACAAUAUGAACGGUAUAAAUAUAUAUUUAUACCAAAACCUUCGUAGCACCCUGGAUACGAAAUGUUCGAUUGAUCAAACCCAUUCACAAAAAGAUCUUUUUUUUUUUCAAAUAAUUAAGCUAAUUUAAGAAAAUGUGCAUGUGCUGAGACGUAAAUUAAAAUAAAAUAAAACUAAAUACACUAGAAACGUAUAUUCAAAUUGUAAAAGGAGAUCUUGUCCCUUACAACAAAUAUUGUAUUUAAUAAUAAACUGAUACAUGUAACAAGACAAAAACUCUA